CGAAGAUGCGUGUAGUAGUGCUCUGGUUUCAGAGAAUCUGAUUAAACGCUGUUUCAACGCUGUCCCGAUAAGAUACGAACACACAUAUACAUACCCAGCACUAAAACUGUGGGCUAUUCAUAACUGAUUUGUUUUGCAAAUGAAUUUCGAAAUUUCUGAAGGGGCUGACAGGAACUGUCUGCUUUUGUAUAAGUGCUAGACGGCUCGUGCACAUUUCUCGCCUGGUGUCAGUCAGUGUGACAGCACCCAGUUGAGUACAUCACGGGACAGUAGACUGAAAUUUCUGCCUUUGGAUAUUGCAUGGUACAAAGCAUGAUAUGAAUGCAGCUUGAUAAAUAACCUUCGACUGACAGCAAAAUGGUCCAGAAUUUCUCUAUCUGCGAGCGGUUUCAAAUAGCCCUGCUGCCUUCAGUGUAUGGGCUUGAAUUCAUUGUGGCCCUAACAGGAAACCUGUUUGCCCUGUGGCUGCUGGUGGUCAGAGAGAGAAGAAACUGGCACACUGGUGUUGUCCUGUCUUGUAACCUGGCCAUCAGUGACCUGCUGUAUGUCCUGACCCUGCCUUUGCUGACUGUCUACUAUUCACUGGGGAAGCACUGGAUGUUUGGAGAAGCUACGUGUAAAAUUGAGAAGUUUCUUUUCACCUGCAACCUGUACGUGAGCAUCUUCUUUAUCAUGGCAAUAAGCGUGAACCGAUGUGUGGCCCUCGCGUGUCCCUUCUUUACCCGAUCCUAUGUAGAGCCUGCCCACAUCAAGAUCAUCAGUGUUAUCAUCUGGAUUGUCGUAGGAGGCAUAUCCUGCCCUGUGUUGAAAUUUGCCUCCAUUUCCCAAUAUGAACAUCCUAAUAAGACUCUGUGUGUGUCUUUCGAUGACCGAAAGCCUGGGGGUGAUUACUUCACUUACAAAGUGUUUCUGGCUGUGUUUGGGUGUCUUGUUCCCUUUCUGGUUACUUUCACUUCCUACUGUGUGGUUAUUCGGAUGGUGUGGAAAAAUGUCAGUAUAACCACUCUCGAGAAACGCAAAGUAGCUCUGUUAGUCGCAUCAGUGCUUGUGCUGUAUGCUGUUUCUUUUGUGCCUUACCACAUCUUUCAGACCUACCACCUUUAUCGGAGAAUCUAUUAUCCCAACAACAUUGUCUGCUGGGUCUACAACAUGUACCAGGUGUCCAGGGGACUGGCAGUUGUGAACAUGUGCAUCCACCCAAUCCUUUACAUGGCUUUGUUUGACAGUAUAAGAGUAGCUUGUUGUGGGUUGAGCCCAGAGGACAACAACAGCAGUAUAGAGAUGAGGAAGCAGAGCUGCUGCAUGGCAGCUUCUCUGUGAAGCACAUCCUGAUUUCAUGUUGAAAGAUUUCAGUUCUGCACAGAAAUUCUUUCCACAAGAGAUCUUGCUGUAAAUUCUUGACUUGUAUAUUGCCAAAAGUUAGAGGUCUGUAUUUUUAUUUUUGAAACAUAACUAUCUGUAAUAAAAACUCUUUAUUGGUG